GCGCCUAGUGGUGGCGGGGCCGCGGUCGGGUGUGUGAGGGGAGGCAGUCUGUGAAGGCCACUGCGCCCCCCAGGGACUCGACGCCAUGAGCAGCACCUUAGCAAAGAUCGCAGAGAUCGAAGCCGAGAUGGCUCGGACUCAAAAGAACAAGGCCACAGCACACCACCUAGGACUGCUUAAGGCUCGCCUUGCUAAGCUUCGUCGAGAACUCAUUACUCCAAAAGGUGGUGGUGGUGGUGGGCCAGGAGAAGGUUUUGAUGUGGCCAAGACAGGUGAUGCUCGAAUUGGGUUUGUGGGUUUUCCCUCUGUGGGGAAGUCAACACUGCUCAGUAACCUGGCAGGAGUAUAUUCCGAGGUGGCAGCCUAUGAGUUCACUACCCUGACCACUGUGCCUGGUGUCAUCAGAUACAAAGGUGCCAAGAUCCAGCUCCUGGAUCUCCCAGGUAUCAUUGAAGGUGCCAAGGAUGGGAAAGGUCGAGGCCGUCAAGUCAUUGCAGUGGCCCGAACCUGUAACUUGAUCCUGAUUGUUCUGGAUGUCUUGAAACCCUUGGGACAUAAGAAGAUAAUUGAAAAUGAGCUGGAAGGCUUUGGCAUUCGCUUGAAUAGCAAACCUCCCAAUAUUGGUUUUAAGAAAAAGGACAAGGGAGGCAUUAAUCUCACAGCCACUUGCCCUCAGAGUGAGCUAGAUGCUGAAACUGUGAAGAGCAUUCUGGCUGAAUACAAAAUUCAUAAUGCCGAUGUGACUCUGCGUAGUGAUGCCACCGCUGAUGACCUCAUUGAUGUGGUGGAAGGAAACAGAGUUUAUAUCCCCUGUAUCUAUGUGUUAAAUAAGAUUGACCAGAUCUCCAUUGAGGAAUUGGAUAUCAUCUAUAAGGUGCCUCAUUGUGUACCCAUCUCUGCCCAUCAUCGCUGGAAUUUUGAUGACCUGUUGGAAAAGAUCUGGGACUAUCUGAAACUAGUGAGAAUUUACACCAAACCCAAAGGCCAGUUACCAGAUUAUACAUCCCCAGUGGUACUGCCUUACUCCAGGACCACAGUGGAGGAUUUCUGCAUGAAGAUUCACAAAAAUCUUAUCAAAGAAUUUAAAUAUGCUCUGGUCUGGGGUCUCUCUGUGAAACACAAUCCUCAGAAAGUGGGUAAAGACCAUACGCUGGAGGAUGAGGAUGUCAUUCAGAUUGUGAAGAAGUGAAACCUUCCUCUUUUCCCAUAUGCUGGGUCAACCACAUCAGCUUUCCCCAUGACCAAGCAACGUGCCCCAACCCCUUCUGGUUUUGGCAGCCAUUGGAUCAGGGGAGGGAGAUGGAGGCACUCAAACUGGAACUUCACUUGUUUUAUCUUGGUGUUACCUUGUAUGUUGAACUGCAUAAAAGAUCUGCUAGGCCAGUUGGCUAUGUGCAGUUCAUGUGUCAUUGUCAGAAUUUCUUUUGGGAUGGGCUGAAUGAAGAAGGGUAUAUAUAGUGAGGCAGCUACAUAAGGGAUAACUGGGAGCUUGCUCUUGAGUGUGAAAUGGAUAAAAAUGUGAUGUGCAACAUCUGAUUCGAUGUUUACUCUUUGGAAACCCUUUCAACUGGACGUGGCCUCCAUCUGAUUUAUGAUACUAGAAAGAGGAAGGAUUUGAUGUAAGUUAAACUGAUUAUUCCCUGCUAGCCCAUUUUGGGAGAUAAUGAAGUGUGGCAGUUGAGUAAAGUAUUCCAGCCAGGCACAUUCGGGUUUGAAUUACAGGUCCACUUCUAAUUAGUUCUAGAAACUUGAACAAAUUAUUUAACUUCUGUGAGCUUCAGUUUCCUCAUGCAACAUGGGGAUAGUAAUAACCACCCUUCUAGGGUGGUGAUUGUUAGUAUUAAGGGAGAUGGUACUUGUAAAUUGUUUAGCACAGUGUCUGGCAUAUAAGUACUCAGUGAAUGUUUGCUCUUGUCACUGGGCCCUUUACUGGGCUCCCCCUCUGCCCUAGUAAGAGCAUAGCUAUAAAUUAUCAUUGUUGAGCUGAACAUUGAACUGAUCCAUCCUGCCAGCUAGGCCGUUAAAUGUCUCCUUUCCCAUAGCCCAGCCUUUCUGCUUGAGUCCCAUGGCAGUCCUGGCCUCAGCCACAUAAUCUGGGUGAAGGCAUGAAGGCAGAACACUGCAAGUGAGGCAACCAGUGUGACCAGAGCAGGUUUGUGUGUACACAUCUGUGUAUAUAUGGAGGUAGGAGGGUAGGUUAAGAGGAUGGUUGGCAUCAGGAGUACUUGAGGGUGCUAAGGGUCAGUUUGGGGUGCUUGGAAUCAGAAAAUUUAAGGGGAUUGCUUAUGUGUAUUAGUCCGUUUUUGUUGCUUAUAAUAAAAUACUUGGAACUGGGUAA